CUUACACUCCGGAUCCCUCCAGGCUCGUCCUAGGAUGCUGCUCAACGGCUUCUUCGCCCUCGGCGUCGCCUCACUCGCGCUCGCAGCGCGCCCCGUCAGGCGGGUCGCGCACGAGACGCGUCGCUCUCUGCCCACAGGAUGGACCCCCAUUCGCCGCGCAGAGCCCGACCGCGUCCUCCCGCUCAGCGUCGGGCUCGUACAGUCGAACCUCGAGAACCUCGAGGCAUACCUCCUGGACGUCUCCCACCCGGACUCGCCCAACUACGGCCAGCACUGGACGCCCGCGCGCGUCGCGGACACGUUCCGCCCGUCCCCGGCGUCCGUCGACGCCGUGCGCACGUGGCUGGUCGAAGACGGGCAGAUUGGCGUCGACCGGAUCGCGCUCAGCGGGAGCGGCGCGUGGCUCGUCGCGAACGUGACCGUGGACGAGGCCGAGCAGCUCCUCGGGACGGAGUACUAUGUUUACCAGCACGAGGAGGACGGGCGCGAGCACCUCGCGUGCCACCAGGGCUACCACCUGCCCGAGCACGUCUCCAAGCACGUCGACCUCAUCACGCCUACGCUCCAUUUCGACACGAAGGUGACGAGGCACGGGAGCGCUGAGCCCGCGCCGGCCCUGGGCAGCGCGAAAAAUAUUGGGAAGGUCGCCGGCCCGCAAGUAGGAGGCGUCGUACAUAACUUCUUCAGUGACUUGGAGACCUGCGACCAAGCGAUCACGCUCGCGUGCCUCCGCGUUCUUUACGACUUUGUGUACACACCAAUCGCACCUCAAAAGAACACGAUCGGCGUUGUCGAAUAUACCCCGCAAUCUCACAACGCGACUGACUUUGACGUCUUCUUCGCGAACUACUCCAAGAGCCAGAUCGGCGAGCGUCCGAGGCUCGUCCCCAUUGAUGGAGGUGUCCUCGUCCCAGGCGGUGAUGCCGCAGAGUCCAGCCUGGAUCUGCAAUACGUGCUCGGCCUGAUCGGAAGCAAGAAACAAGAGGUGCAGCUGUACCAGGUCGGCGACACAGUCGAAGGCGCUUCGUUUAACAACCUGCUUGACGGCCUUGACAAGGACUUCUGCACAACCGGCGGUGGCGACGAUCCGACUCAGGACGGCAUCUACCCGGACACCGCCGCAGGCGGCUACAAGGGCGAAGACUGCGGUACUGUGAAGCCGGCGCACAUCAUCUCGACGUCGUACGGAUACCAGGAGGCCGACCUUACCCCGGCGUACAUGCAGCGCCAGUGCGCCGAGUACGGAAAGAUCAGCCUGACGGGGGUCACUUUCGUCUACUCCUCUGGCGACGCGGGAGUCGGCGGCCGUCAAAACGUCUGCCUCAAUGAGAGCGGCGAACAGGUGGUUGGCGGGAAGAUCUUCAGCCCCACCUUCCCUGGUGGCUGCCCCUUCGUGACCUCUGUCGGCGCGACCCAGGUCGUACCCGGACACAAGGUAACUGAUCCGGAGAGUGCCGUCUUCCAGCGCUUCCCGUCAGGAGGCGGAUUCUCCAACGUCUUCCCCCGGGCGGACUUCCAGAAGGGCGCGGUGGCGAACUACCUCGAGAAGUUCCCGCCCGGCUACGCGCCCGGCAUCUUCAACACGACCGGACGCGCGCACCCCGACGUCUCCGCCAACGGCUUGAACUUCUCGGUCGCGAUCGACGGCCAGUUCAGGCUCGUCUCCGGGACGUCCGCGUCCGCGCCCGCUUUCGCGGCGAUCCUCUCCGCCGUCAACGACGCGCGCCUCGCCAUCGGUAAGAGCCCCGUCGGGUGGAUCAACCCUGCCGUCUACUCGUCCUUCUUUACCGGCGCGUUCAACGACAUCACGAACGGCUCGAACCCUAACUGCGGCACGCAGGGGUUCUUGGCGAAGCCGGGCUGGGACCCCGUCACGGGCCUGGGCACGCCGAACUUCCCUAAACUGCUCUCGCGAUUCUUGCUCCUGCCGUGAAUGGCUUGAAGCUAGAAGUCGCAUGGUGUAGAAGAAGCGGCUAUCGCUGCCUUGUAUCCGCGAACAACACUCCUCCGAUGAUCACAAUGUUAUAACCAUAUCGAGACUCUGACAGCUUCAACGAUCGUUCAUCGGACGCAUGAAGCAGACUGGUGUCUUGUUUUUCCUGGGACGUUCUGACCCUCGUAUGUGCAGUGAGCCAUGGGCGCUGCGUAGUACCUGAACGUGACCGUUCGUCCCGUAAAGCCUUCUCUUGAAGAUUAAACGACGCUUUCC